AGUGGGUACAUUAAUACUGUGAUAAACAAUGUGCAAGGCCAAAGGUCAUGCAGGUAAUGACAAUAAAGUAUUUUAUGAUGAGACCAUCAAGUUGAUAAUUGUUUAUUGUGUGGUGGUGAAAGUGAUUGCAUCAAAAAAAGAAAGUGAUAGAGAUUUUUUAUUUUUUAUUUUUUAUUUUGGCUGAUUACAUUGAGCAGUUGGGUUUGAUUGCUUAUUUCACUGUACCGUUUUUUGAGCAGCUAUCAAAGGAGUCUUUUCGUGCUCUGUAGUACCGGGUAUUGAGUUCUAGUAAUCUUGAUAUUGUUUUAUUCUUGUCCCAGACAUGGAUACUUCUGCUGGUCAAGGACUCUACCCGCUGCACCACUGCAAAACUCUUCAUUUGGUAAGGCAUGCACAAGGAUAUCAUAAUGUUGCAGGAGAGAAAGAUGUCAAGGCAUACUUAUCCUAUGACUAUCUUGAUGCUAGCCUAACUUCUCAUGGAUGGGAGCAGGUGGAUAACUUGCGGAAACAUGUCCAAGGAAGUGGACUAUCCAAGAAAAUUGAUUUAGUAAUCACAUCUCCUUUGACAAGGACCAUACAAACUGCAGUAGGAGUUUUUGGAGGUGGUAGCUAUAGUGAUGGUGUAGAUGUUGCACCCCUGAUGGUGGCAGACGCAGGGAACAGUGGCCGAUCUGCAAUUUCAAGCUUUGGCUGCCCUCCUUUUCUAGCAGUUGAAUCUUGUCGAGAACACUUGGGAGUCCAUCCAUGCGACAAGAGGAGGACUAAGAGCGAAUACCAAACUCUCUUUCCUGCAAUUGAUUUCUCAUUGAUUGAAAAUGAGGACAUAUUGUGGAAGGAGGAUGUAAGAGAAACAGAUGAAGAACUUGCAGAAAGAGGAAUGAAGUUCUUGAAAUGGCUAUGGACCCGGAGUGAGAAGGAGAUUGCUAUUGUCAGUCAUAGUGGCUUUCUGUUUCACACACUCAGUGCUUUUGGAAAUGAUUGUCAUCAAGUGGUGAAAGAUGAAAUUUGUACACACUUUGCUAACUGUGAACUGCGUUCAAUGGUUUUCGUGGACAAAAGUAUGGCGAGUUCUGAUUCAUCAGCAACGAACUUCCCUGGUAAAAUUCCCAAUGGGCCAGACCUUCCUAGUGAUGCUGCAGAUGAGAAGCUCACAUAGAAGCAAAUUUAAAGCCGAUACAACACUAUAUAUGAUUUGUUGACAGGAAGAGCUGUCUGGUUUGCAUGAUUGAUUGAUUAUUGAUCACCAACACUUUCAUCUUCCCUUCAUUUUAUAUUUGAAAUUGAGCAAGUAAUACAAGUGAGUUUAAUUGAAACCUUUCUCAUGAUUAUAACUUGUACUUCAAUGUUUCCAAACGUGGAACAUGGCUUUAUUCUUAUGAUCCCGAGUCACCAUCUUUAUUAGA